CAUUGUCGAAGAGUUGGACUUAGACUUGGAACAUUAAAUUUCAAUAAAGCACUAGCAGCUGCAAAUGGCAGAGAAAGGUGGAAAGGGGUUUUUACUUUCUAAUGGUGGAAAAUCUUCUCUCAAAUCUCCUGCAUCAUUCAUAGGGAAGGAUGAUAGCUCGGCAAAGUCAAAGAGGGGAAGAAAAGUACAGUUUGAUGCUGAAGGUUAUACCUCUUUUUCCUGAUACUAUAGAGAAUUGGAGAUGUAUAUGGUCCUUUACUUGUUCAGACUUCACGUAGAACAUGUUUUUCUAUUCUCAUUACUCAUUUACCCUCCCUCCCUUUUAAAUUUUGCUGUAAAUAUUUUGAAUUCAUCAGAAACCAAAAUUAGCCUGUCCUCAAAAUCUGGUGGGAAAGUUCAUAACUCAGUUGUUGGAGGAGAUUGGGGCAAAGGGGAGAAAGGAGAUAAAAUUGCAAAUGGUGGUAAAGUCCCUGUGGUAAAGGCACCUCUGCCGCUGGAGUUCAAAAUUGAGCAUGAACUUCCGGAGAACGCUAAAUGCUUGAUGGACUGUGAAGCUGCAGAAAUUUUACAAGGAAUCCAAGAGCAAAUGGUCAUACUUUCUGAAGAUCCAGCAAUUAAAAUCCCCAUUUCAUUUGACAGGGGACUACAGUAUGCCAAGAGGGGUAGCCAUUAUACAAGUCCACACUCUGUUAGACGAGUGCUUGAUGCUCUCAAACAGCACAAUGUUUCUGAUGGCGAGGUGUCCAUGAUUGCCAAUGUAGGUCCAGAAUCUGUGGAAGAAGUUUUUGCUCUUGUCCCAUCCUUGAAGGGCAAGAAAAGCAAACUGAGAGAACCCCUUAAAGAUGCAUUGGAUCAACUUGCUAAGCUAAAACACUCAACAUGAAGCCUCAUUGUUGGGAUCCCUGUAAAGAAUCUUUAUUGUCUGAGCUUGGAUUGAUUUCUUUGGGCUUGGUGGAUGCGAGUAUGGCACCAGUUUUGUGAAGUAACUCAGGCAGACUGCCGGAAGCAUCAUUUCUAAUGCCUAUAGUCACGUAUGAUUUUGUACUGGUGUAUAGCUUGAAAAGAAAAAAUUAGUAAUUAUUAGCUAUGGGAUUUUGUUGGAUUCUGUCAAGUAGCCUUAUGGCAGAACAAAUGCUGUAUUAUCACUGAAUCUAAGUGAAUUGUGAUGAACAAGCUUGCUUUCCUCCCACCAAUACAAAGAACAAGAAUAUCCGAUUUAAUCGGUCCGCAAUGUGUGUUUGUGUUUUUGUGUCUCGAGUUGGAUUUUUUAUGUUGUGAGGGCCAGGUGAAAGAAAUGAUGCAUUGUGGAGCUGGA